AAUGUGGAUUAUGAUUCAAGAACAGAUCAGUGGAAUAGUUUACUAUCGGGUAGUUGACAUCUAACAAGAGCUCCAUCGAACUGGGCUUUGCUCUCAAAAUUCUCAGCGAGAAUGAUCAAGAUAAAGGAUGUGUUCCCUUGCCCGCAACGUGACAAAGGCGAAUUCAUUUCCUGUUAUUGAAUGAUAAUUUGAAAAUACAACGCAGUAUUUUUAAACCUGCUGGAGAUUUGAUUUCUGAAACGGUAUUUUUGAGCGUUUUUGAACCAGAAACCUGGCUGUUUGCUACAUGAUGACGAUCCGCUCCCCUUCCUUCCCCGCUAAGUAUGGAUGGCCACAGACUAGGCGAGUUUGGUAGCCGCGUCACUUUUUCCCGCCAAUUUGUUAACUGUUCUCGAUAAACAGUCCGACACUUUUGGGCCGCGAUGAGUAUUCUCAGUCCAUAAGUUUAAGCUUUUUCCAGUUUAUCUUCAAAUUACUUUUUCGUAAGAGUGAAUUUUGUUUUACAUUUAAAGUAUCACAGGUUAAACAAAGCUACCCUAUAAAUUAUUUAAAGCUUGAGAGUUUUGUUAACAAUUCGCGAUGAUACCUUUGGAAAGAAAUGUUUUUUGAAAACGUUCGUAAGUAAAUUGUUUUUCUUACUUUUGGUUUUUUUUGUCCCUUGUCUCAGGAAUUUGCUUCUUCCCCUUUUUAAUUUUGCAGAAUGCAAGUAAGAAGCUAGCCAGCUUCGUAGAUUCCUAAUUAUGGACGAACCAACGCAAAGGUCAUUCUAUGAUGAUAAUCUUCAAGUGGGCGGAAUUACAUCGAAUGUUUUAGGAAAACAGAAGGAGGAAAGGCAGGUCGCCUUUAAAACCAGCGGCGAGCAACUGAGAGUAGGAGCAUCGCAAUCAAUCAGUCAUAAUGAUGAACAACGCAUAAACGAUCACUGUGAAUUUACAGUCCCUGUUUAUGAGGAGCAAAUAUGCCAAUUAGAAACACCACAAGUCACAGAAGAUCACAGAACAUUAUCAAUGUCAAAUCCUCCAGCUCAAGAUCGAAGAUCAAUGACACACGCCGGGUUAAGUGCUGAAAUGCUUCUGAUAGAGCAGUGGACGGAUCCACGUGAACUUCCCGUGAAGUGUGUAAGUCGUUCACCACCACCUGUUGCCUGCUCAAACGAAAGCUUCAAGGACAGCAAAGAUUACGCGGGAAAGAAAUCAGUCGCUAUGCAGCACGAAUUCUACUUUGAUUGGAAUGUCCGUGGGAAGUUUGAACAUGAUCUGAUAAACAAAGUUCCAGUUGUUUGGCCACCCAUCGGAAUCAAGUCACCAGCAGUGGGGAGUAAAUCUACACACCGACCCACGAUGCCAUUCCUUGCUAUGGUUGAAGAAGCUCAUCUGUUAACUAAGGAACAAAUCGAGCAAAUAAAGAGUCAGUUCCACAAUGAGCACUCUGAUCAAAAUCCCAGAGUCCUGAAGAGAAGGAGCCCUGUUCAUGAAACAAUUUGCUUACGUGCCGAGAAGUUCGGCAAAAUGGAUUUAGACGAUGACAUAGACAAUUUCACCGAGGAUCUCGAGCUCUUUUCUCAAGAAAGAACGAAUUCUGAUUGCGAUCUUGGUCCUCGCAUUGGCCUUGAUCAAGAGGUACCUAUUCAGCACGAAGAUGGAAACUCCAAGGAAAAGACACUAGGAAUGCCAGACGGACAAUUGCCUAGAAAUACAUUUAUGAAAGUAAGCUCUUUCAACGAAGGACCAUUGCUUAACUCCAAAAAGAGUCGACUAACCUGGCAGAAUUCAAAAGCAGACCGCUUUCUGAUUGGAAAGACACCACAUUACGAAGAACAAAACACCGUAGUAUCAUGUUCUGAUUCGCUUCGCCCAAAGUUGGCCAAGCAAAGCUGCUUCCCCGGAAGUGAUGAAAAAGGUUCAAAGGGAGCUAUCUUGUCUGGAUGUACUGAAGCUGAAGUAUCAUCAAUGUGCUCAAAAUUUCAAUGUGGUCAACCAUGUCUCACGGCCGACCACCCUGCGGGCAACUCAGAACCUGCAGAGAAGGAACAUGUGUUCAACAUCAUCAAUGAUGACUCGACCCAUGUUCAGUUAUAUAAAGCGGCCAAUAGUUCGCGGCAUGAAUUUAAUUAUUACGACAGAGGCCAGUAUCCCCCAUUAGCUCAGAGAGUGUCCAUCGACAUGUGCUCGUCUCUUCGUGUAAUAGGUGAAAAUGACCUGAUAACAAACGUUAGCUUUGACGACAUGGAUAUCAGUACGUUACAGUUGGGAAGAGAUUUAAUGAAAGGAGAAAUGCAGGUGUUGCACGAACGAAAAGAGGUCAUUGACUGGAUGAGCCGCGAAACUAUAGUGUCGCAAGACCGACUUUUAAAAGGUUUCGAGCGCUUCUCUCCGAUCUCACCAGAGCACAGCUUUAACCAUGGUACUCUUUUAAAUUCUGAACGUUUUGAAAAAGUCAGCCUGGAUGAUUUUUCAGACAACUCCUUGGAUACUCAAUCCGUUUCCCUCACAGAAAAAGCUCUAAGUCAAACUGAUAAGGUUUGUGAGGGUAACCCUGAGAAACACUUGAUCACAGGUGUCCCAGUCGACUCGCAAGAAACGAAUCGUCCUCAAGCCAUUUGUGAUCAAACAAGGAUAGAAAAGAUGGAAACUGAAGAAGUUGCAGACCACCGAGAAAGAGGGAUUAUGAAAAAUUAUCCUUGUAAGGUAAAUGUGAAUCAGACCACAGCCGCUUCUGCUUCAAAUGGCGAACAGGGGAUGGCCAUUUUGAGAACGGACGAUCAGCACCCAUUAAUGGAAAGUAAGGAGAACGUGGACGAAUUCAAUUAUGGUCAUCAAGAAGAUCAACCUCUUAAAGCCGCAUCAGGAGAGAUGAAAGAUGAGAAGGAAAGCGAUCACUUUCGAGCCGAAAUCGAGAGGGGGAUGCUGGAAUUGGAUGGCCCUGAGCUGCUUCAUUUUGCUAUGAUUUUUGUUAAAGGAGCUUUGGAAAAAUCUCAGAUCGUGCCUAGCUGCAAUGGAGAGUUCAAAAGCGAAAAACGGAGGAAGAACAUGCACAAAAUAACACCUGCGUUUUCAUGGAAAAAUGACGUUCUUUAUCAAAAUCAGCAGGCAAAAGCCUCAAAGCCUACAGAGAAUUACACCCUACUCACUGGACAAGGAGACAACGAAUUCCAAGAGAGUGGUGACUGUAUGGAAACUGAAUUCAAAGAAGGAACACCAUUCCUUGUCAAACCAUUACCAAAGGCUUCCAACAACCGACCCCUUCGACUCGGAUUAUCCAGAAGACACAGAAGUAAAUCUUUACACCCUUGUUUUAGAAGGACUUUGAACGAGAACCUAACAGACAUGGAAAGUCAUCAUAGCGACUGAUAUAAUCUACAAGAAUAGUUUCUCGAUAUAGAGCUUGGUGUUUGCCAAUAAGUGGAAUAACUUAAACCAAAUGGGCAAGGAUUUUCCUCUAACGAGUCUGGUUACUCGUCCGUCACAGCUUAACAAAGACGAACGGAAGAAGUGUUUUAUUCACCUUUAACUAGGAUAUUGUUAAUGACAAAUUCGGCAUAGCCAGUAUCAAUUUGCUGCUUCAAGCAUCGAAAACUUAACAAUUUUCUCAGGAGGCGUUAUCAAAGAUAUUUAUGAAGUCAAUACUGUCACAGUGCAGUGGUCCCACCAGGUCAAACAAUACACAAACUCUGCAAAAAUA